AUGCCGGGAGAAAAGUCGUCAAACAUUUACGUGCAAGAGUUCAAGCCAACGGAAAAACGUGAGAAAAAUGACCGACUAGGCGAACUCAGGGCAACCACAAGCGACCUCAGACCAUCAACCUCAUACAAGAGGUACUAUCAUCACCCACCAGCUCCAAAGCUUGCUAAUCCCACACCGCUGGGAUUAUCUGCUUUCGCCUUGUCCGUAAUGGUAAUCUCCUUCUAUAACUGUCGCGCAUUUGGAAUCGAUAUUCCAAAUGUUGCUGUUGGAGUCUGUUUGUUUACCGGUGGCAUUGUUCAGUUUGCAGCUGGUAUGUGGGAAAUGAGAGUAGGAAACACUUUUGGCGCAACAGGCUUUGGUGCCUUUGGUGGGUUCUGGGCCUCGUACGGUGUCAUAUUUAUUCCCUCUUUCAACGUCAACCAAGCAUUUGUUGAUGCUAAUGGAGUUUUCCAAGAGACACAAUAUCACAAUGCUUUGGCUGUAUAUUGUAUAGCUUGGACUGUCUUUACAUUCAUUUUCACCUUGGCUUGCAUCCGAACAAGUGGUGCCGUUCUCACCGCCUUUGUUCUUCUCACAAUCGUGUUUGUAUUUGAGACCAUCUAUCAUUUCACUAUGGUCCAAAUAUUCAUUAAUAUUGCCGGUAUAAUCGGCAUUAUUACCUCAAUGGUCGUUUGGUACUGCUUUGCUGGUGUCUUGCUAACACCUGAUCUGUCACCUAUAAGCCUACCUCUUUAUGACUUGAGCGUCAAAGUUUAA